UCGAAACGACGUGCAUAAAGUGGUCCGUCACGGGUUGCAACUUGUUCUCUCCGGGGGCUUGUGUCUAGUUAACUGUACACUAGUUGUGGUCAGUUAUGUUUCUUGCAGGCACAGGAAAUGGGUGCUGCGGGGCUGGCCAGAGGUCAGGAUCUAGUAAUGGGUCCUGCAAUCCGCGAAAGUUUAGCGAGAAGAUAGCACUCCUCACCCAGCGACAAGCUGAGGACACCGCAGCCUUCCAGGAGGUUAUGAUGGACAUCACUUCCACCAGGAUUCAGGUCCACAGAGCGCGGCAGGCCAGAAGCCUGGGCACCUAUUAUGGAGGCUCUCUUCCCAAUGUCAACCAGAUUGGGAGAAGCAUUUCAGAUGUACAGGGUCAGCUCCCCUGUCGUCCAGACAAUGGCUGCCCCUCAAGACUUCACCCAAUGGCAGAGUGGGCACAAGGAGAGGGGCGGCUUAGUUUUCCGGUCAGGCCAAACAGGAAACAUAUUGACAACUCUCCCUACCGCUCAGUUCACCCGUCUCCACAACUUGAACCCAGCUUGAGAAGGAACUGGUCUAUCAGCUCUCCAGUGGACAAAAGCCACUUGAUGCCCCCUCCCUUAACAGCACUUAAUAGAACCAACUCAGACUCGGCCCUGCACACCAGUGUGAGGAACACCCACGCAGGGGACCAGCAGCCUUUAAUCUCACAGAACAGGCACAAUGGUUUUCCAUAUCCAGUGCCUCUAAUUGAGGAGAAUGUCCUUGAAGAGGAAAAACCAUUAAGGAAUACCAAAAAGCUUCCUGCACUUCCCACUGGAGUCAAAUCGCAUAAAGUCCCUGGUAUAAACAUCCUGUCCUCGCCAGAUCAGCAGUUCAGGGCUCUCAAUGUCCCUUCCGCUCUCAAUGCAAGUGGCUCCUUGCCCGAUCUCUCCAGCCUGCACCUCCCCUCCCCACAGCCAGUAGGUGGGGACUCACACAAACCCACUGCCUGUAGCACUGGCCACCUACCUGGAACUCCCGCUCACCUUGAAGCCAGAGAUGAUGAAUUUCCCAUGCCAGGUUUGUCGUUGUCUCUCCAAGGCUCGUACAGUAACCCAUUGCUCCAGUCCUCCCACAGCAACCCCAAUAUUCAAGCCUCUCUGCGCAGCCACUCCCUUUCCAGCUCUCUAAACUCCACCUCCUUGAACUUGUCACUCAGCAACUCUUCUCUGCAGUCAUCCCCUAGCAACCAAUCCCUCCAGUCCUUCCUCAGCAGCUCUUCCCUAAGCGGCCUAUCCCUGCAAUCCGCAACUAGCCAAUGUAGCUACAGCAGUGGGAUUGGCGGAUCUCGCUCUUGCUCCUCCUCUUCCCUAUCCUGCUCCCCACGUCCAAUUAGCCAGACGCAGGUGCCUUCGUUAAGAAGGCGGACUCCCCUCAGCCCACUGGUCGUUCCCACUGGUGGAGAGUCUCGCUGGCUCCAAUCUAAACAGUUUUCACCUGUUGGGUCUCCAAAGUUAUCUUCUAUAACUCAGGGAGUUCUCCUGAACACCAACCAAUUACCACAGGAGUCAAGGCCACCAGGGUAUCCUCACUGCCAACCUCAACACAAAGGUACUCCAGCAGCUCAGCAGCAUUCUCUGACAGAGGGGCAGCAGCAACCCAGCCAGGAACUGAAAAAAACACCACCACACCAAGAGAAAUCCAGGCAUCAACAACAACAAGACCAACAACACCCACAGCUACAGCUCCCACAGACACACAACCUCCAACAACUGCAAUAUCACCAUCGACAACAGUACCAGCACCCAAAUCAACUAUAUCAAUGCCAGAUCCAGCAUGUCCAGACAGAAAGUCAGGACCUGGACAUAAAACAGCAAUAUCAAAGAGGGUCAAACCAUUGUGAGAACCCACAGCAACAACACCUACAUCAAUCACAAGAGGAACAGCAUCAAAGACAACAGCAAAAACAACAGAAACAAGUGUACCAAAACCUUCCACAGCACCAGCUAGAGAAGCAAAGGCAACAAUACCAGCAACACCCACACCAGCAGUACCCACAUCAGCAACAUGAUCAACAACAAGCAUACCAAAGACAACCUCAGCAAAACCGAGUACGUCGACAAGAUGAGCUGCUACUGCAGCAACAUCAGCUCCAGCAGGUUCAACUCUACCAACAGCAGCAGCAGACAAAUGGCUACCAGCAACAGCAGCAUGAGCAACAUCAGUGGAAUCUCCAGUGGGCAAACCCGCCAGCUCAGAACCUUGACUUGAAUGGGCAGAACAUGCCAAACCCACAAAAAGUACCAACGAUGACUCGUAAGCAUCAGACCCAAGCCCAGGGAAGGAGCUGGGCACAUCAGAAGGUGCAAAGUCAGAAGGACCAGAUUGAGUCGACCAAAAUCUUCUCACAGAUUAACUCCUUAGUGGACAACAAUCCAGGCCUCUACAAUGACACUUUCAUACUGAACCAUUUACAGCAGGAGUCCUACAUGGGCCUACACCUCACACCACGCCAGACUCAGGCACUCUCCCAGCAGCUGGGACAGCUCAGUAAGGAGCCUCUCUGGGGAGAUUCUGGGCCUCAGGCUGUGGAGGGGAAAGAUGGAGGGGUUUACUGUGGGAACCAGGGUCCUCAGAUGUCCCUCCACUGCCAGAACCAAACCAGUGCAGACUUUAUGACAGACAAAGCAGCCUAUGAGGAUUUAUCUGGUGUUCUGCCCAUGCUGGGAUUUGAUGCAGACGACUUCACCCUGCAUAACCCCCUUCAGAUCGAUCCGCUAGACCUGGAGGAGCUUAACAUACUGGCAGAUGGAGACAUGGUCGAGGACACUGAAAGGACACUGCUCUAACCUACUUAGGUGACCGGGGUAGUUGAAUGUAUCCAGGAACACUACUUUCAGCUAAGAUGGCUGUCUUGGUAUGGUCUGAUGGCAGCAAUGUCAGUUGUAGUUUCUGUCCCGGGAUCUUUCACUGCUGGACAUAAUUUGAUUGGACAUUAAUGUUAUCUUACAUCAUCCUCAUGUGAUUGGCCAGGUCAUGGGAUUUAACAAGCAUGUAACUAUACAUUGACUGCCUCACAUGAGACUCGUUAGCUAACUGCACUUUUUCUUAGUUGUCAUUUAAUGCUUGCCUGCAAUGGAAAAAUGCACCCCAAGAGCUGGCAUCCCCUGCACCUUAGUUUAAAUGUAGUUGAAUAAUGAGAUUAGAUAUGUAAAAAAAUAUAUAUUUGUAUUGAUAUGGAUUUUAGUAAUACAAUGAUGUACAUUCUAAUAUGAAUGGUGUCUUUUCACCCUCUAGUAGUGAUGAAAAGUUUUUAAAAAACACAUCUUAAACUUUGUGUAUUUAAUGUGGCCAAGAAACCAGUUAUUUACAUGUCCUUUUUAAACAUCUUAUGACAUUGUUACCAUUGUUUUAAAAGAAAAAUAAAUGAGAGCAGGAAAUAACUUGCCAGUACAUUUCUUUACGAAAAAGACAAUUAUGGACAGACCAUUACAUUACUAUUGAAAGUGAGCAUUUCCUCAAUAUACAAAUGAAUGUGACCGGUGUAUUAGAUGCUUGCAUAAUAAUAUUUCAGGUACUGGUGUUUUUGCAUUAAAUGUAGCAUUUAGUCAUAAAAUUAAGGUAACACAUUGUUGCCUAAUAGACAAAUACAGGUAAAUAAUCAAGGCCAUUUAUUCUCUUGUACUGUGAUUACAACCUGAAUAUGACUUUGAAGCUUGUUUUAAAUUAAUUCCAAAGGAGAACUAUAAUCAACAAGGCCUUAAAAGUAGGAACAUUAAUUACAAUAUUAUCAAAUAUUUUGUAAUCCCAUACUGAUUUCUAACUUCAUUGACAUUAAAUCAAACAUCGCAUUUCAGUUCACUUUGGGUGUAGCACAUGGACCCUAACUAGGCUUCCCCUUACCCCAUCCAAGGGGUUGGGAAAGAAAGCAACAAAUCUUGUUCCUUUAAGCUUCUUCUCUUGAGAUUUAUUUUCCGUUCACUGCUCCAGGUAUGAGUCUCCUUCAGGUGCAGAUCUUGGAUUAUUUUAGUUUGACCAAUUCCUAAACCAUUACAGUACAAACUGACCUCAGAUCAGUGGUACGAAGAGAGAGAAAAAGCCCCUACUCCUUUGUAGCUCUUCUUCUGUCAUCAGAUAUAUGCUUGAGACCAUUAUUAGUUAGGACCCAUGUCAGGUCAGUAUAUCUAGAUAGGCAGUGCCAAACAUGGACCACUUCAGUGUAACAUGUCAUCAUGCAACAAUAAGAUAAUAUACUGUUUUACACAGAACUGGAGGGACAGUGUACGCCGUUUGAGUUUUACAAUGAAAAAACAUCCUUAACUACAGUAACUAGCCUUUUCACAAUUUUCUGGAUAAAUAUGUUCUCACAUGGAAUGUUAGGUUUGAGAUGGGAGCCUUUGGCAUUUCCAAGCACAACUAAAUCAACUCAUUCAUGGGCUUUCUCUUCCACAAGAUGAUUCAGCCCAUUCCUAAAUUAUGCAAGUGGUUAAAAAUGUGUUUCUGUCAAAGCCUUAUUGGCCCGUUGUGCCAACAAUGGGUGGCCAUAUUAGACAGUCAUGUACCUCAUUUUUAUUUUUUCAAAAGUUGUCUGUUUUUCGCCUAUCAGAUAGGAUUAAGUGCAUAGACAUAUAAGUAAUAGAACAGUUGUCCCCUUUCAAGUAAAUGAUUCAUCCAUUCUAUUUCUAUGCAUUUAAUCCUAUCCGAUAGGCUAAAUCCAGCUAA